GCCAUCAGUGCUGCGUGUGUGUCACCACGUCUACGGUUGUCAGUACGUGAGGGGGAGUCGUGCAGCGUGCAGCAUGUUGUAUCACCUGUUGCUGCAGGCAGUAAAUACACAACAGUCAGCAGAGGUAUUAACCAGUCAACUUCAGCUUCUGCAUGUUGAUCUUAAUGGCGACAAAAACGUGGAGAAGGCCGUCAACGACUUGUCACAAGCUGCAAGUGGAGGACCGUUGUAUGUCCUCAUUGACGAAAUGGGACACAAAGACAUGUAUACCCCUAAAAUGGAAGACAUCAAGACCUUCUGUGAGAAGUUGCUGGCACAGGUUCCUCGUCUCCAUCUUUGGGCGGCAAGUUGUUACAGUAAGAACUGUCCCCCCAGCUGGCAAGUGGAAUAUUUAACCAGACCUCUCCGCUCUCCACCCGCCGUCGUCAGGGAAAUCAAGAAAGAUUCACUUAUCAUUAAGGGUGUUAGUAUUCAGAAAUACAGUGAGCGAGGUGUGCCCGACCACACAGACGGCCCGCCAGUCACACGACUGUAUCACGGAGGUCAGGGUCACUCAGGUGGCUGGCCAUAUAAAUGUGUGACGUGCGGUCGUGAGGUGGCCAGCUUCCUACACAGUCUCCGUGUUGGUGUUACAGAGAAUAAUGAGCUGACAACAUUAAACACUGUCACUUCAACAACUUGCGGCACAACACCACCCUGUCUACAGUGGAGAGACGUGCUGGUGUUGUACUGGGUUAGCGUUAGUGAUCAGUCGGGUAUUGUCACAGGACUGCGAGAAGCGGGUAUCCCAGUGCGGGUGAUGAAGGAUGAGGACAUCGAGGACGUGGCCACGGCCCGCAGUGACGUUGUGUGGGUGGCGGAUGGAGAUGAUGUUUGUGGUCUGGAGAGAAAAGUCGUCGUGUGUGUGGAUUACCCUGGUUCAAGAUCUAAUGUUCGUCAUGCAUCUGGCGGCUUCCACGCCAUAUCCCGGUGUACAUCACAACUCGUGUUUGUGGAGUAGCCGCUCACGUCCUGAACAUGUUUCACACUUCCUCACCUGUCACCUGUAGCAGUCUGAUGUCUGUCUCCAUUACACCAACAUCUAUAAUCAGUUGUAACAUUGUGACUUUAUGCUAAUGUGCGGGCUACUGUACUCUGCUAAACGACUGUAUGAACAGUUUGUAUCGUGGAAUUACAUGCAUAUUCUCGAAAAUGAAGUACAAGCUACUUUUUUUAAAUACAUAAAAUACAGAAAUACUAGAAUACUAUUGUUGUGUUCUAUUAGCGAAAAAUUGUAAAUGAUUUUAGACAUGCUUUUUUAAAUCAGAUAUUUACCGUUUACCUUCAAAUAGGUGAAUAUUGAUAAUGCUACAGUACCUUUUGUCAUAACAUAAAAUAUACCCUAGUAAA